AUGUUUCCGGCAUGGCGUUGGAACUGGCAUGCUUGUCUGUUUGGGUGGAAGCCGAAGAUUCCCCGCCAUGUCAGCCAACCUGUGAAGUGGACUGGCUCAUUGCGUGAGUGGCAGGCCAUUUGUUGUUUUCUUCGAGGCCUCAGGUGGCAAGAAAGUCUUGACAGUGUUACCUCGCUUUGUGAGCUGACGGUACUUUUCCAUCAACAGGGACGGUGCCUUGAUGGGGAUCCCCAGCCUGCAACGUAUUUCGAGUACCGUAAGAAGAUCCGUUGUGCUGUGAACCUUUUGGCCACGUGCGAUGAGGCUCAAGUCUUUGCAGGCGCCUUCUCGACUACGUUGGCAAAAGCUGCCGGACGAACCAUGCCAUAUAGGGUCAAUCAUUGGUGCCCAAGUGUGUCUGGGCAACGACUGUUUGCUGCGCUUGGCGCGAGUCUUUGCGCUCGGUGCAGGGAGGACACUUGCAACAUGGAUGACCCCUUUGAUUUAGGUUGCUUUCUUUGGUCUCACUUUUUGGCGCUCUUUUUGUACACAGGUCAGGGUGCCUGGCGCAACGCCGGGCACGUUUCCCGUGCUGAUCCCGGUGCGCAUGGUGAUACACAUACAAAAAUACUACAGUAUAUGUAUGUAUAUAUUUCUAUUUAA